AUGACAAUUCCUAGUCUUGGCCGUGUUGCCUCAUUGUUUCCUCAUAUCGAGAAAGAUUGGUGGAAGAAGGCCUACAAGGAGAUGUACCUCUACACCGAUGGUGACUGUGUCGAAGUCCCCGCAAUCACAGAAGCCGAAUGCAACGACAUCAUCGGAAUACCUAGCGUGCAACAGCUGUUGAAGACCCAAGAAUCUUCGAUCAAGGUAUUGGAUCUAUGCUGUGGCCAAGGCCGACAUAGCAUCAAUCUUGCCAAGCGCUUUCCAUCGGUGAAUUUUUACGGCAUCGAUCAGAGCACAUAUCUCCUUGACCUUGCUCGAAAACGCGCAAUAGGAGAAAACGUGCAGAGUAACAUCACGUUUCAGAAGGGAGACCUUCGUCAGAUUCCUGCAGCGGAUUGUUCCUUUGAUCUGGUCAUACUUCUGGGAAAUUCUUUUGGACACUGUAAUGAUGAAGGAGACCUACAGUCCCUCCGGGAGGCCUCUCGGGUCCUGAAACCAGGAGGAAUUUUCGUCAUUGACCACGUGGAUGGAGCAUGGAUUAGAUCCAACUUCAGUCAAAGUGGAUGGGAAUGGCUUGAGGGCAAAGAAAAACUUCUGGCCUGCCGGGAACGAGAGCUGUCUCCCGAUAAAACCCUCCUCGCCAGCCGAGAGAUUGUGAUUGAUUUGGAAGGUCCUUCGAUCCGCCAAGACCUUUGCUAUUCCGUCAGACUUUACGAUCUGGAGGAAAUGGCCUUCUCCAAAGAUCGGGCCUAUUCCUUCAAGCAGAAGAUGGGAUGCAGAUCACAGCGACCAAGCGAGACGGCCCUGUGGACAUGGAAGCCAGUCAAGUCCACAACUGCCAAGCCCCCAGCUGUCGAUGCUCUGGAGCAAGACGCGGAUGUCUACGUGCAUCCAAACCUGACACAAAGCUACAAUCCUCACAAAGGAAGAUUGCUACAAGUCUCGGCAUUUGUGUCAGCCGGUACCAUUAUUCUGGCAGAUACACCAUAUGCUUUGAUCCCGUCUGCGGAUCCAUCCCACCCUGAUGCCUCGAUUUGCAGUAAUCUGAAAUGCCGCCAACAAGUGUCACAGGACACAAAUAGAGAGAUUUGCCAAAGGAAUUGCAUCCGGGAUGUUGUUUGGUGUGACAAUCGUUGUCGGACUGCAGACCAGGCUCGGCAUGACUUUGAAUGCGCUUGGUUGAAAAACUACGGAGAAAGUCUUCGUCAAAACGAGGGCCAGUAUGCAUUUGCAAUGCUUUGGACAGUCAUGCGUCUUCUAGCUGGAAGGUACAUUGAGUUACAGGCAGGGUUCAAGCCAUCAAAGCUCUAUUCCUGGGAAGACCGGUUCAAGCGGGGGUGGGAUUCCAUUGAGAUCCUCCAUAGUAACCGGGAGAGGUGGCCUCAGACGCAGAUUUUGCACUGGAAGAGGCUAGUUGAGGUAUAUCUAACUCACGAUAAUCAGUCAGACCUCAGCGUUGAUGAUUUAGUGGAUCUCAUCUGCAAAGAAGAGUCUAACUCGUUCGGGCUAUAUCCAAGAGACACUGGAAUAUUUCCCAUUCCGGACCUCCCAAUCGAACGAGGCGUGGAUUACGGCUUGGGUAUCUAUCCAAGAGCCUCUGUAUUCAACCAUUCCUGCAUUCCAAAUGUCAUCUGGAGAGCAGACAACAAUGGGCGGAUGGUAUUGACUACCUCGAAAGAUCUUGCCGCAGGCGACGAAUGCUUUAUUUGCUAUUUUGAUCUAUGCAAGUAUGUAGAUUUCAAAGCACGGCAAAAGCUGCUGCGAGAAGACUUCCUAUUCUCUUGCGCCUGUGAGCGAUGCAUUCAAGAACAGGCCGAGGAAAUAUAUGGUCGCUUAGGGUAG